GCGGGGGGAUGGACGCGCUGGACGAGGUGUCGGCGCGCGAGCAGCUCUUCCACAGCCAGGUCCGGGAGUCCACGAUCUGCUUCCUGCUCUUCGCCGUCCUCUACGUCAUCUCCUACUUCAUCAUCACGCGGUACAAGCGGAAAUCAGAUGAACACGAAGAUGAAGACGCCAUAGUCAACAGGAUCUCGCUGUUCCUCUGCACCUUCACGCUGGCGGUGUCGGCGGGCGCGGUCCUGCUGCUGCCGUUCUCCAUCAUCAGCAACGAGGUGCUGCUGUGCUUCCCGCAGAACUACUACAUGCAGUGGCUCAACGGCUCCCUGAUCCACGGGCUGUGGAACCUCGCGUCGCUCCUCUCCAACCUCUGCUUGUUUGUGCUGAUGCCCUUCGCCUUCUUCUUCCUGGAGUCGGAAGGUUUCGCCGGCCUGAAGAAGGGGCUGCGCGCCCGCAUCCUGGAGACGCUCGUCAUGCUGCUGCUGCUGGCCCUGCUCACGCUGGGCAUCGUGUGGGUGGCCUCGGCGCUGCUGGGCCAGGACGCGGCCAGCAUGGAGUCCCUGUACGACCUCUGGGAGUUCUACCUGCCCUACCUGUACUCCGGCAUCUCGCUGCUGGGCUGCCUGCUGCUCCUCCUGUGCACGCCGGUCGGCCUGUCGCGCAUGUUCACGGUGAUGGGGCAGCUGCUGGUGAAGCCCACGAUUCUCGAAGACCUGGACGAGCAGACAUACAUCAUCGGCCUCGAGGAGGAGGCGCUGCAGCGGCGGCUGAACGGACUGUCCUCGUCCGUGGGAUACAGUGUAGCGGAGCUGGAACAAGAGCUUGAAAACGUAAAGACGCUGAAGACAAAACUAGAGCGGCGGAAGAAGGCGUCGGCCUGGGAGAGGAACCUGGUGUACCCCGCCGUCAUGGUGCUGCUGCUCAUCGAGACGGCCAUUUCGGUCCUGCUGGUGGCCUGCAACAUCCUGUGCCUGCUGGUGGACGAGACCGCCAUGCCCAAGGGGUCCCGGGGCCCGGGGAUCGGACGUGCGUCUCUUUCUGCCUUCGGUUUCGUGGGGGCCGCGCUGGAGAUCAUCUUGAUUUUCUACCUGAUGGUGUCCUCGGUGGUCGGCUUCUACAGCCUCCGCGUCUUCGGGAGCUUCAUGCCCAGGAAGGACGACACGACCAUGACCAAGAUCAUCGGGAACUGCGUGUCCAUCCUGGUGCUCAGCUCUGCGCUGCCCGUGAUGUCCAGGACCCUGGGCAUCACGCGCUUCGACCUGCUGGGCGACUUCGGGAGGUUCAACUGGCUGGGGAACUUCCACAUCGUGCUGGCCUACAACCUGCUCUUCGCCGUGGUCACCACCCUCUGCCUCGUGCGCAAGUUCACCUCGGCCGUGCGCGAGGAGCUGCUCCGCGCCCUGGGCCUUCACAAACUGCAGUUCUCGAACCCUGCCCGGGACUCGGACGGCUCCAAGCCUGCAGCCAAUGGGCACCAGAAGGCCUUGUGAGGUGGCCCCGUGCCCCAGGCAGACGGAGGCCUCCGUCCGCGUCACCUCCC